AUGAAUUACAUAGUGGCACCGAUAUUGGAACGGGUGCUCCGUAACUAUAUCGUUGGUUUGGACAGAACGUCUGUCUCGACUUCAGUGUGGUCUGGGAACGUAAACUUGGAAAAUAUCUGCUUAAAUGCUUCAAAUUUGAACAACGACUCUUCGUUGCAACUACCAUUUUCCAUCACGAAGGGAACGAUUGGAAACUUAUCGCUAUCUAUGGAUUGGAAAACGUGGUAUGCACGUAGGCAUCCGAUAAAUAUUCGAGUGAGUGAUGUUGUGAUACAUUGUUCUCCGCGGGAAGAGGAUGAUUGGUUCCGAGCGUUUGGCGCGGCGGCGUCUUCUACGGAAGCAGAAGAUAUCGCGACAGAAAAGCUUCAGAAGAGUAUAGACGACAUCGCAUCAAUGCAGGAAGAUCCCGCAUUGAUGGCUAUUUGGGCACCUCUGUUUGCAAGUAUGCACGUAGAGUUAGAGAACGUAACUAUCAUUUUCAAAGACAUAUCACCAAAACGAGAAAAAGAACAGACAGAAGACAGUGACGACGACGAAACGAAACAUCUUUCAGAAUUUUCCAUACGCCUGGACUGCUUACGAAUCGCGAAUCCGAACGAUGACGAUGCAGAUAGUAAAUCUUCGGAAAUUGCGAGCGCAUUCUACAGCCAAGCGUCAUCUGUUGAUUUUAUGGAAACGCGAGUUAAAUCCAUAGACGUUACCGGAUUCCGCGUUGCGUUAGAGUGCGAUUGUCGUACGCCGAGAGGCUGGUUUCCGGAACACCCUUUCCAUACGAUUUCAUCACCUGCUAAAGAGCAUUCGCAUGAAGGAUCACCAUCACCGACCUUGAUACGUGUUGAUAAUACCACUUUGCUUCUCAGAGUUUCUCGGCGUAAGAAGAAUCGUGGUUUUGCCGCUGCGAUUGUCGCUGUGAACGAUGACGCGAUUCACCUAGCCUUAACGCCCGCUCAGCUCAUCUCAAUUGCCCAUCUAGAAUCCGCACUGAAGGUUUGGAAAAAGAGAAUAGAAUAUGCAUUUGCGAAAAGACCAUUAAAUGAGGAUGGAAAAAAUUGGAAAGAAUGGUGGCAGUAUGCAAAACGUGCAGUCCUGAGAGGAAGAAGAGAGUCCAAGAAGUCAACGCCUAAUCGACGCGGCCCGUCAAGAAAGAGGACAGAGGCGAAAUCCAAGGACACUUCUCAGCGAUUAUCAGAAAUAGUUAAAGACGCCAUCAUUGCUUCUUCGUCAUCCAAUACGACUGAUAGUGAUGAUUAUGAUGACGAUGGUUGUAGUAACGAUACAGAUGAUGAUAUGGACCAAAAUGAUGACGCAGAAUACGCCGAGGAAGAAGAAAUCUUCGCUAGUCUUGGCUUCAAGUCAUCUAGUACACUGACGGGCCUUCAUUUGCGGCGUAGACUAAAGCGAGGUUUGGAAGCUACCGCGUCUGUAGCGACAAAACUGUCAUUCACAACUAUCGAACACAUGCAUCAACGUGGACAACGACGGCAACGGUAUAAACGAUCGAAGUUAAAUAAACCUAGGCAAGCUGCGCGCAUCAAACUGCACCAACAAAUUAUGGAGCACACAGAUUGUGUUUUCCACGUAGCGAUACCAAAACUUUCUGUUCGACUGCACGAUAAUUUUGGAGCCGAUAAGUGCAUAGAGUUAGUAUACGACAAAGUCUAUGUUCGAGUCAAUGAAGAGGAGACCCUUGAUCCCAUGGAAAGCAAUAGUUCUGAUCUCAAAGUUGUUUUGCAAAGUUUUUCUGCUUACGUAGUAUCGGGUGAUAAGAUGACGGAAAUUCUCCGAGGGAAGGACAACCAUAAACAUGCGUCAAUCACUCUUGAAACGAGUGAAGGUCAAAAUAUAACAUCUCUCGUAGUCGCUCCGUUAAAUGUUGUGAUUGAUUCGGUAUCUUUGGAGUUGAUUCUACAGUUUGCGGUAAAUAAAGUUCCAAAGAGCUCGCUUUUUGCAAAUAGAUUGAGUGCUACUCUGUUCCCGCUUUGUGAAGCCUUGAAAUUGAAUACGAGUUCUCGUUUGCAGACGGUUGAAGCGUUGUUGGAGGCUAAAGAAUACGCUAAGCAAAUGGAUAUUACUCUAGAAGGUUUAUCGGUGUGUUUGGUGCACAAUGAAACGAGAGAACCUUUACUUUGUGCUGGAUUUGAUAGAUUAACUUCGACUUCUGGUGGUGUGGUAAGAGACGAGAAUGAUGAAAUCAACGUCUUCGUAGGAAGAGACACGUAUAUGAACGACUUACUGGAAUCUGCGAAAGAUAUUGGUGAUAUUGCAUCGUUAAACGAAUUAGAAAAUUUAGUAGGAACGAUGAAAAGCUCGUUUUCGGUUGACAACAUGUGCAUCGGGACAAACAUAUCCGGUGACAAGACCUUCAUCUUGAAUGGUUGGAGCGCAGCAAUUAUUUCCGAGAAAAAUACGGUAAAUCGUACCCAGCGACUUGCAGUUCAGCGCUUUGACCCCAUCUCUUUAUCUAUUUUACCUUCAGAUGUUAAGAGUCUCGCCAUGCUAUUUGAUAUUUUUUCACGCAUGCAGGUGAACAAAAUGGAUGUAUCCAACUGGCGUUCGGACAAACUGUUCAAAGUUUCUGCGAUGAUUGCGCCUCCGAUUACACUGGACGCCAGGGUAUCUUUGCCUGAUAUUGACUUAGAAAUUCUCGAUGUGAACGGUAAUGGUAAAUAUAUUGACGAGGAGCCCGACUUUUGGUUACGGGUCAAAGUGAAGGGUCUCGCUUUUGAUGCAGCUUCUACGACCAUAAAGGAAGAGCCGAUAGCUUGGUCCACAGUGAAAAUCGAUUCAUUUUCGGUACUUUGUGAAAGUAACACUAUAGCAGCAACUGUAUCAAAUAUUUCAAUAUCGAGAGCAGAACGCAGAGAUGAAAAUGUAUACGUCCAUGCAGAUAUCGGUGGUAUUGAGGUUGAUGCAUCUCUUUAUGACUGCGUUGCUAUGAUUCGAAAAUUCAGUUCAGCAACGACAGAAACUCAAAGUGAUUCGAAUCGGGAAAGUUUUUCUUUGCAAUCACAGCACGCUCCGUCAUCACAUGCGUUGGAGGCACCCAACAUGCGAUGGAGCGAUUUGCCAACGCGACGUGUAUUGCUUAUUGACGAUGUUCCUCCAUGCGUGGACUAUGUUGCAAGAGCAGUUUUGGAGGUUACUGAUUCGAAGUCAAUCGUCACAGGCAAACUCGAACGAAUCUCGGUGGUGAGUUCGCUUUUUGAGCACAAAAAUGCUGGAUCCAUCUCUAUGAAUAUCCCAGGCGGUGUUGAACUAAGAACUGUUCCCGUUUCGAUUACGAGUGAAGCAUAUGUGAAGAUGAACGAAAUCAAUUUGGCUUUCACGACAGAGGAUGGAUACCAUCAGUCGGCUUCUAUUUCCAGAGUGAAUGUAAUGGCCUCCGCUGACUUUAGAACAUUUUCAGGACAAUGGUCUGUAACCGUACCUUGGCAAUUUGAAGCAAUGAGUAAUGUGAUAAAUGCCGACUUUGAUGCGUCGGUGGAUCUUUCGACCGGAGUAGAUGUUGUCAUCGAUGAAUUUUACGUAUGCGCCGGUAAAAGUAAAUACGGCGCGCAAGAAGCUAUUCGAAUGUUGAGAACAUCGAGUCGAUUACUGGAGGUAAAAUCGAUCCAUAUCGAAAGACGACAGGAUCCCGAUGAUUUAGAAGUCAACGUCGCGCAUAUUGACGCUCGCUUGACAUCGACCCAUAUCAGUAUCGUAGAUUCGUUCAUCAAGAACGUCGUCUCAGAGCUUGAUAGGGUUUGUAGACGAGGAGUGGUGCUUCCCUCCGCCGACAAAGAUCGUCCACUCUCAUCUCUAUCAUCGGCAUCUUCUUCAUCUUUGAUAUCAGAGCGCAGUAUGGAAACGAACCCGAGCAGAACCGAAAAUAGCGAAGGAGACAAUACGAACUUUGUCAAAAAUCUGCCCGAUUCUACUAAACUUGGUAUCCGUCGCAUUAGCGUGCGUAUCGAUGAUGAUCGAUACAGUAUGGAGCACCCGGUUCCGGUCUCUUUCGCUUCUUUAACGAACACGUACGUGAAUUGCACAAAGAGAAGCAAAGAUUCCCUAGAAGCAAAUCAUAUCAACCAUACAAUGAAAGAAAAUAAAGUCAUUCCACUUUCUUUAUCAGUAUCUUUCCAGGUCUGCGGGGGCACAUAUGACACGUUGAAACGCAACUGGGAAUUUGCCUUGGAGCCAGUUGCAUUGAAAAGUUCUGUGGAAACUGGAAACAAAUCGUUCAUCCUAACAACUUCUUCCAUUGAUUUCGUAGUUCGAAAAACGAUACUUGAGUCAUUAGCAGUUUCCAAUGCCAUAGUAAAUUGUGACACUUUGAGAUCUGCUUCCCGAGCGCGAGAUACCCGCGCGGUUGAGCCCUUUCAGUGCUUCUGGCUGAAGAAUUCUUCCGGAGUAGAUCUUAGCUACGAAUUUUUGACAAACAUGGACACUUCAUUGGGCGGAACAUGCAUCUCAAACGGAGAGGUUGCGGUUCGUUACGGAGAUUCGUGGAAAGAUGAUGCAUCUGAAUACCUAGAGAGACUGGGAGAUGGCGACUUAUCUUCGCUUGCGCCGCCGUUGGGAAUGAGCAACGAAUACGGAUAUGAGCGUUCUGGAUUGUCAUUAUUUCGCUUACCGACUGUUAUUGGCUUGAAGAUUCGUCUGACCAAUGCCCCAGAAUCGCGACAUUAUCUAUCAUUGGCUGAUUUGGAAUCUAAAGCCCGGAAAUGCGAAGCGUUGCCAAAAUCGGUCUGGGGUGGCACAGAGGGAGACUCGUGUUCGUUAGUAGCGGAGAUUCGAUGUCGCGAAAACGCAGUUGAGCAAAGAGAGGUGGUAUUGCGUUCGAAUAUUGUUGUUCAGAAUUCAACGUUAAAGCCAGUGGUGUUAUCUUUCGCCGGAAAAUCGACGUUUGGCCCAAUUGAGGCUGGAGAGUAUAAAUACCUUCCAUUAUCGCUUGCCAGCUUAGAUUCGUUCGUUUGGAAAUUUGAGGGCGAAGGGGCAUUCUCCUUACUGCCAAGUGAUGAAAUCUCACUUCAUUCCGUCGAUUCAUUCAUACCAGUAAAUGCGAGGCGAUGCGCGAUUGUGAUAUCUUCCGACGAAGAAUCUGUCACGCGGACAAUUGCUUUUGUUGCGCCCUUAGAGCUGAGAAAUCAUCUACCGGUCCCAAUAAAGGCAAGUUUCUUAUCUGGAAAUCGGAAGUUUUCUUCUUUUGUUGUUGCUCCUCGAUCGACAGCGAUUAUAGAAGAGUCUGAAGAUGUCUUGGACGCAGCUACUUUAUCGUUUGUUCCCUUGGGAUACGUCUGUGCGAGAAGUUCUAUAUACAUCCCCACAUUUUCAAACUUGUCACGACGACAAAAUCCUCUCAAAGUAUUCAGACAUAUGUCUCCGUCUAUUCGUAGAAAUACUAACGAUAGGAGCGACGAGGAUGUGACGACUUUGGAAUGCUCCGUGUACUUGGACAAAAAUACGAGCUCGAGAGUAGUAUCAAUCGCGUGCGCUAUGACGUUGACAAAUUUGACGACGCAGUCGCUCACGCUUAAAUACGCGGACAUGAAAAGCAUUACGAGCGGCAAGUACAACGAUAGAUUGGGCUCACUCGAUGAAUCAAGCGCAAACACUGUAGUUUGUCCUCCAACGCCACCAUCUACAAGUAUCAAUGAGAUGGGAAGAAUUGGAACCACGGAAAAGGCAUUUGAACACACCGCUGCAUCUGAUUUAUCAUCGAAAGCAGUGCUCUUUAAUCGAAUGCAUUCUACGUCGUUUUCUUCUUCCGAUUUAGAAGCAUCAUUCACAUCGACUCCAGUUCGAGCGAACUUGAGCGCUAGGUUCCAAACGCCUUCUCCAAAUGCUUUUGGUGUAUCUUCCGCAGGAGUUUCCUCACAUUUAUCUCGAUUUUCAUCUGAUUCUGCACCUUAUGCCUUACCUUCGUCAUCCUCCGGAGGCAAGAUUUUGGCAAUGAAGAACAGUACGCAAUAUCCGAGAAUACUUGGCAAUUCGCGACGGCAUCGGAGAGACAGCGGCUUUGGUCUAUUCACGCUAGGAUGUGAAGAGUAUGCGUCAGACCCGUUUGAGCUUGCGCCCGCGUCUGGGAAAUUCAAAAUAGUACACGUAAAACCUUAUUAUAGCUACGUCAUCACGACAAUAUACGAGGAUUCCGACGGGGGAUGUGCUCACAUUUUUGUGCGUCCGAAAGGGACGAUAACAAAUUCCACAGACGAAAUUGUAGCAUUUAAGGAAUCUGAUUUUGAAGAGUCAGAUGGGAUUAUCCUUCUGCCGGGACAGACAGCGCACGUGCGAAAUAAGAAACCUGCCAACAGCAUGACGAAAGACAACGCCCGUGAAGGUGAGAGAAAAGAAGAAAGUGCAGAAGAGAGUGAGGAUGCCCCGCGUGUUCGCAUACGCCCAGCAUCAUCUGCUCAGGAGAGAUGGAAUUGGUCCGAUGAAAUCACAGCUUCAACGGCGUGGUGUCGAUGUACGAGAGCUCUCAGUUUAGACCGGACGAAAGAUGACGUACAUUUUUCGGUUCAGUUUAACGAGUCUGAGGAAGAUGGAUGCUAUAAUAUCGAUGUCAUUGCAGGUAAGCAUUUCGUAAAUCAAGACGGCGACGAUAUCGACGACGACGAAGAAGAACUACCAGGUGUUAAGGAAUUUUUUCAGACGUCACCUCCGCCCAAGUUCGUCGUUUCUCCUCUAAAGAAGCCUUCGUCUUCAUCUAAGAUACCAGUCUCUCAUUUGCUAUCGUCGCCAGUGUCUAAGUCAUCAGCGACAGCUUCAUCUUCGUUAUCUUGGAGAACAAAACCUUUCUUUUUGGAGAGCUUUCAAAUCAAAGUUGUAUCAAUCGGGCUUUCUGCUCAACACGAAAAGACAGAGUUGGUGAAUGGUAGAGUGCACGGCAUAUCAGUGAUGCUGUCCGAAAAUUGUAAGGAUGAAGAAGAGCCCGACCCGCUCGUUCAAGGGCAUCUUAUUGUCGAAAGAAUUGAUAUCUGUACAUCGAGCUCGAGCGAAGAAAAUGAAUCAUCCAUUAUUCUCUCCGUGCCGAAUGCCGAGAUGAGGACGGCGAACAUCGGAGCCACUUAUUUUACCGCUGCAAGAAACGCGAUUACGCUUACACUAAGUGGGCGCGUAUUUUCACGUCACGUUACGCGAUCGGGCGCUCGCGUAGAUGUUGAUGUUGCACCCGUGCGCAUUGAUUUGCAGGAAAGUUUGCUGAAAAAAGUUCCAGGAUUUGUCGCGGUAUGUGUCCAGUCGCUGGAUGUCUUGGAAAAACCAAAACUAGAGACGCGACUCAAGAUGGAGAGAAAUAGGAAAGUGAAGAGUAAAAGCUUCAAAGCCAUAGAAGAUGCUGCGCUCUUUCGAAUAGACAAGCUUUCUAUUUCUGACGUGCCAAUUGUGCUUUCCUUUACAGAAUUGCCGUUUGUUCCGUUUUUGUUCUCAAAGCUAGCCGCGGUUGAACGGGCUAAAAUUACUUUGAGCGGUUUCAAGAAUCAGAAAGCGCUCGCCUUUCCGGACGAGGUUUUGAAAGCUUUAGAGAGACACGUAAAAAACCAAGCGGUUGGAAGAAUUCGUGAUUUGAUAAAGCACAAUGCUCUGUUAGGUGAUCCCGCUCGUUUAGUGGAGUCCACUCGGCACGCUGUACAUGAAUUAGGCGAAGGGAAUGGUUUGAAGGCUUUCGCUCGCGUUACUUCUGCUUUCGGGAGGUCUGGUAUGACAACUUUAAAUCGCAUCAAAUCGAUCGCUGACGGUUGGGUAGAAGAGUUCGAUUCCUUGGAAAAUGAACGACGCAGAGCAGUGCGUGACCGUCACAUCAUGUCAUUACCAUCAUCAUCAAUCAACGUCGUCGACGGCAACGUUCUACCCACGCGCUAUUCCGAGCGCGUUGUUGGCUCUGUUUGUAAAGCAGUCAUGGAUAUCAUUCAGAAUCCAAUCACUGGACUCGAGUGCAGAGGCUUGGUUGGUAUGGCAGAAGGAAGCAUAUUUGGAGCGGUAUCUGGCAUCUCUCGGAUUCUUGCGGCGUUCAUCGAAGGUCCUUUGUCUUUGGCGAAUACAUUUUUGGGUGAAUAA